UCACGAUGAUCCCGCCCCUUGUUGGUAUCUUCCCAAACCUCAUUCAGGACAACUAAGACAAGCAAGCGGAGGUUGCGGAAGGGUUCUAUCUUCCAGCUGCAGUUAUGGCGGCGCCGUUAGCGCAAUUUGACGAAGACUGGCAGGACUUUUAUGAAUUCAAGCCGGCCACUGGUUCACAGAGUCGUCUUGAUCAGGUCAAUUCAAACGUAGGGGAAGUGCCAGGUCUACUGGAGGAUUUUUCUGAUCUCGACAACAGCUUCUCAGGGGAGAUUGGCAGUUUCAAGUCUAUGGAGGACUUGGUAAACGACUUCGACGAGAAACUAACAGUUUGUUUUCGUAACUACAACACCAAGACGGAGAACAUUGCGCCGGUCAAACCCAUCACGGAAGACAGCAUCAUGAAAACCGAUGAAAUUUGGAAUGCAUUAACAGAUAAUUAUGGUAAUGUGAUGCCAGUGGAUUGGAAGACUUCUCAUACUCGCUCACUUCACCUACCAACUCUGAAUUUAAUGGAAAAAGGAAAAAAUGACAACAUAAAUCUAGACCUAUCAGAUGAUGAGGAGCUGAGGGAACAGCUGGAUAUGCAUUCCAUCAUUGUAUCCUGUAUAAAUGAUGAGCCCUUAUUUACUGCAGAACAGGUGAUUGAGGAAAUUGAAGAAAUGAUGCAAGAAUCACCAGACCCUGAAGAUGACGAAACACCUACACAAUCAGACAGACUGUCUGUACUGUCCCAGGAAAUCCAGACACUCAAGAGGUCCAGUACUAAUAAUAGUUAUGAAGAGAGAGUAAAACGGUUAUCUGUUGCUGAACUGAAUGAGUUGCUGGAAGAAGUUGAGACUGCCAUCAAGAAUUUUUCUGAGGAGCUGAUUCAACAGUUAGCACUACGUGAUGAGCUUGAGUUUGAGAAGGAGGUCAAAAACAGCUUCAUAUCAGUGCUUAUUGAGGUCCAAAACAAGCAGAAAGAACACCGUGAGAUGGUCAAGAAGAAGAAAAAGUUAAAGAGUGGAAGUCCACAAAAUGGCAAGCAGGAGAGGAGUCAUAUGCCAGGAACUCGCUUCAGCAUGGAGGGAAUCUCAAAUGUUAUUCAGAAUGGCUUCCGCCAGACCUUUGGCAACUCGGGUGGUGAUAAACAGUAUUUAACAACAGUCAUUCCUUAUGAGAAGAAGGGAGCCCCGCCAUCCAUUGAAGAUCUUCAAAUCCUCACCAAAAUUCUUCAUGCUAUGAGGGAAGACAGUGAGAAAGUGCCAAGUUUGUUGACAGACUAUAUUUUAAAAGUUCUUUGUCCAACAUAAUUGAAGAAUAUGGUGUUGAAGAAGAAUAAGUCAUUAGUCAUCUGGAUGGAUUCAGUCAGUUCAUAUUAUGACUAGCAGGACUCAUUUUUGUGACUUUUAGUGAAAGACUUUAUUUUCCCCUUUGGGUCUCAUUUUGCCUGUGCAUAGUUUCCAUUUACAGUGAUGUGUAGGUCUUAUUUUAGCAUGGCAAGAGAGACCAAGUAUUUAGAUCAGCUUUUUCUGGUUUGGUAUUUCAUGAACCUUCUUAUCAUGUCAUACUUAAUUUGUGCAGAAAAAGUAGAAACAAAGCUACAUAAAAAGGGAAAAUGAAACCAUGAUAACGAGCAUAAUGAACAAUUGUAUAGUUUUAAAAGUGCAUAUUGGUUUUAGAUGUGUAAUGACUAUUUUUACAGUGAGUAGAAGAUAGAAGGUUCUCCUUUUCCAGUAGCAAGGAGAGUUGUUAAUUUAUACAUGUAAAUUGUCUAACAAACCUAUAAUAAGUGACCUCCCAGUUUUAAAGGGAGAUUAUGUUUUGUUGGGGAUUCUGAGGACACAAGUGAAGUUGUUUGCACUGAAAUAGUGUAAUGCAUUGCCAAAAGUGUGCAAUCUGACAGGUUUACCAACAUACUGCUAUAACAUUUUUUGGAAACAGUGUUUGAUGAAUGUUUGUAUAUUGGCAGGAUUUCUCAGAACUUUUGAGCAGUUGUCCUGUUUUUUUUUUUUUUUUUUUUUUUGUUUUUUCAUGUGGUUGGGAUUGGUGAAGUUUUGCUCCAAACCAAUUUUCCUGCCCGAAUACUUCUAAAAUAUAUUGUGCCCCCUAGAGGUGUCUUGUGGCACAGCCUUAGAUCUGUUGAUUGUCACCAUACAUUUUUCCCUCCCAUCUCAUUCACAUAUCUUCUAAGUAAUAAGCAAACUUUUGCAUAAUGUGCAAAAAAAGAAAAGUAUAAUUGCAAGUAAAUGCAAAUUUACAUAUAUGCAUGCAGUAGAUCUUUUUAAAAAAUGAAACUCAAGCUUUGAAUUGAUAAGAGUUACUUUGUAAACAAAGAAAAUUAUUGCACAGACCUGCCGUUUACUGUGUUGCAUAUGGGAAACUAUCAAUAUAGCAACAAAAUUGCUUGACUGCUAUGUACAGCCGUCAAUACAUUUACAGUGCUUAAGAGUCAUAGUCAGUUGUAUGUCUUUCAUGUGUAUCAUUUGUAUUAAGCAAAUUUGUUUUACUUUUGUUUUGAUAGGUAUGUUUUUAAAGUAAUCAAGCAGUAUCUAGCCCCUUUUUAUUCUCGUGCUAGAAUUAAGUUUGGACUAAUAAGUAAUGUUUUAAAUUGACAAAUAAAUUGACUGACUUGGUAAGUAUGCCAGGUUUGUAGCUUUGAAAUGGCUUAUUCAACUUAAUUCUUUAUUUUUUAGAGGGACAAUUGCAGCCAUUAUGAUAUGUUAAUGCCUACAACCCAUUUUUCACCUAACACUAGUCUUCCCCUCAUCAAUAAUCAAAAGAUAUUUUCAAACACUACAGUCCAAUUUAGGUGUAUGUGAUCUUUGUACUGGCUGACUUUGUAGUGUUUGAGGGUUUCACAAACUGUUUGUCAAAAAGCCAGAGAUUAGAUCAUUCAAACUCUUUUUUAUGCAGCGUGUAAUAAGUUUUUAUUAAAUGUAUUAAACAUAAGCAUUUCACCUUUUUUCUAUAGAAUUAUUCAUUUAUUUCCAUGUUAUAAUGACUGCAUUACAGUAUUUAUACAGCAGUAUCUGUAGUUGCAUGAUUGAUGUAGGGUUUGUGGUAGAGUCCCAGACAUUGCAGACUGUGUCUGUAUUUUCUAUUUUGACAUUAUUUGUAAUCACACAAUUUCCUUAUGCAAUUUAUAGUAGGUUGUUAUGUUUGAUUGUACAUGUUUACUCCAUUUGAACUGUAGGAAACAGUAGUACAAUAAUAAAAGUAAUGAUUAGCUGUGAUAAACCGCCAAUAACUGAGAACCACUAACAAUAUAAGUUCUACAUUUUAGAAACUCAUGCAUUGGAAAUAUCUUAAUGAAUCAUUCUUUGCUUUAUAUAUCACGGUUAAACAGCAUGUACCAUCACACAGUACCUAAUAGAAGAAAGAAUCUAACAAUACAGUAUCAAAAAAAAACAACUGAGCACUGGCAGAUAACAUGAGAAGCUUGGAAGUAUUAAAAGGGUAGUGGUGGGCAGAGUAACAGUACAUGAUAUAUUAUGGGUCAGGAUUUCAGAGUGGUUUUUCUGCCCUACUCCCAACAAAAUUCCAUCCUGUUUCCACCCACUCACUUUCCGUUUGUGCCUGCAAAACGUUCCCUUCUGCUCCUAUUCAAAUUCCAGCUUUCCCAUUUAUAAAGGCACUUGAACUGGGCACAUAGCCAAAGUAGAUUCUUAAAACAGCAGAACAGGAAUAGGCAAUAUAUUGGUACUGAAAAAGUUAAGGAAAAUCCCGUCUUUAAAACUAUAACAGCAUUUUGUAAAUUUUGGUAUUGGAAUAAAUGGUAGUUCUUAAGCACCGUGCAUUUAGACAUUUAUUAGUGCGACCGCAAUUCCGAGGCGAACUACCAAAUACUCCCACGUCUACAAUUCAUUUUAUGUAUUCCAUCUAGGCUGAAUCACCAAGGGGGAAACCCACCAAUCUCGCAUUCCCUCACACCCCAAUUCCUACUCUUCAAAAUUAUAUAUUUGUAGAAAUUUGCUCCCUCCAAGAGACCGAACUCCAGCAAUCCUAUGACUAAGUUGCAUAUAGCGGCAGAACAGGGACAUGCACUGGGGG